UCUUCCGAAAAUGAUGUUGAACUUGACCGAGAAACAGUCGAUACUCCGAUAAAUAAUCAAUAUGAUAGUCGCUAUGACUUGUGUGAAUCAAUUCCAGGCCUUUACCGUUUAUUAGACCUAUGCAAAGAUAAAGGGUCGAACGAAAGCGUACUUCUUCAUGAUUUUGAAGUCAAAAAGAGUCAAGAGCAAAAAGAAAACUUCGAGCUCUAUAAAGGAUUUGAUCUAUCUCUUUUAAUGCCAAGUUUACAAAGUUCUUAUGCUGCUGAAUGUUCCAAUAAACUACCUUUAUAUCCAUUGGUUGUUGAAUCAGUAUCGAAUCAGAAAUUACUUACCCGAAGGAUAAAGACUGCCACAAUAACUACCGAGAAAAACAAGAAAUUGACUUGUGAUUCUUUGCCUAGAUUUCAAGAAUUUUUCACAAAAAGACUUGAAGCACAAAAAUAUGCUCUUUUUAUUGAUCGCAGUUAUAUGACAAUUCAAGAAUUGCAAGUACUUGUUGAAGGCGGCAUGAAUAUCAAAGAUCUUUUUCUGCAAUAUAAUAUAGAUUUGAAAAAGCUUGAAGAUGAAAAGGUUGAAUCGACCAAUAAAGCUAUCAAAGAUAUUCAACUAGACAUGGAAAUUAAUAUUAAUCAGACAGAAUCUUCAGCAAAUAUUUCAGCACCAAAAAUAUUCUAUGAUGAAGAAAAUAAUUUUCAUGAAUUGAUUAAAAAAUAUACCGCUAAAGCAAAAACUAAUGGCUGGACCUUCUUUGGUCUUUUUAAAUGGCUAAAUAAUUCAACUUCUGAAGUCAUGAAAAAAAUAAAUGAUGAUGCCAAAAAAAUUCCAGAUACUGAAUUUGUAAAACAAAUUUUUGAUCUAAAAGAUGACAAUAUUGCAUCCAGUUUUUUAAAAGUAUAUGAAGAAUGGAGAAAACAGGGAUUUGUUCAAACCCUCAAUACAUUUGUAACUGAUGAAGAACAAAAUGAUAUUCAUUUGCAAUAUCGAAACAUUCAAAUUAAGCAAUGGUACCUGGAAAUUCCUAAAAUUGCACACUUAUUUUUUAUAAAGAAUACUGAAGACGUUUGUUUUGUGGAAGAAAAUGGUGAAGCUCGAAUCUAUAGUUUGAUAAAUGACAAUUUUCGAGCCGGAUCUGCUAAACUCCCAGCUAAUUGUACUCGAGUAAUGAGUACACCAGAUGGAACUUGUUUUGUUGCGUUCGUGAAAGAAAAACUAGCUAUUGAUGUAUCCGAAGUAAAAAACAAAGUAAUCGAAAUAAUUCCCAAGAAUAAGUGUUCAGAAAUGACAAAUAGUGAAAUCGAAUUACUGAAUACUAAUGAAACAAAUGCAUCCGAAGGAAAAAAUCAAUUAAUCAAAACAAUUCCCGAGAAUACAUGUUCAGAAAUGCGGACAGAUAAUGAAACAACAAAAUCAUCAAGUAUUGAUAAUAUAACCAAAAAUAAAGAAUUUGAAAUUAUUAAUCAAGGAAGCAUAGAUGAUUCAAUAGAAACAGAUUUACAUCAAGAUACAACUCAAGCUUUAAAUAGAGAAGUUGUUCGUGGUUAUGUAUUUUUUUUAGAAAAGUUUAGUAAAGAUGCAAACAAAGUAAUCGAAGUUCCAUUUACUAAUCCAAACAUUGAGCUUUUCCAAUUUACUUCGCUUGCAGAUAAGCAAGUUCACUUGGUAACAAUUGAUUUAUAUAAUAACAUUUUACAAUCCUUGAUGGUUAAAAUCACACAUGCAAAGACUAAAUUCCGGUUUGAACGAAAAACUAAAGAAAAAGCUUUAGGAAAAGUAAAAAUAGAAAGUUAUGAUCCAUUUACAGUCAUUGGCCAAAACACAAAAUUCACCAAGGAUCUUCAGAUUGGAGACUUCUUAGUUAUUGGUAAUGAAAAGCGUCAAAUUAUAAAAGUAAUUAACGACAGCGAAUUGAAAAUUACCAAUAAACAGUUAUUUAAGUCACUUAAUUUUGGCGAGUGGCAACGAUUUCAAAUUGAACCAAAGGCAAAUAUAAAUGGGUUGCUCGAUGUAUAUUCUAUGGUUUUCACAAAAUAUGCAAUUACAAACCCGUUUGGUCAAAUAGAUAAACCAUUAAAAUUGACAAUAGUCAUGGACCUACGUGAUGAAUUUGAUAUAGAUAGUUACAAUUCCAAGUUUCAAACGUAUAUUCGCAAAUUAUUUAGAAAAUUUAAGAAUGAAACAAAAAAGCCUAUGGGACAUCUUGAAAAAUUUACUACAAAUUGCAUUUCGUUUGAAAGUUUUGAUAAUCUUACAGAUGAAUAUACAGAAUACAAACUUGGCAAGUAG